GCCCCUCUGGUCAUGUGACCUCCAGGGGAUCCAGAGGCGGAAGCCGGGGUCCCGCCCGCUGGCGAUCGGGGGCUGCAGAUAAAGGGGUACCCGUGCGGAGAGGGAAGCGUGGGGACCCGAGUGCCGACCUCGCCCGCGAUCGCCGGCCGCACACGGGCGCCCUGUGCGGCCCGGGUGACAGGUUCUUUAAUGGAGCAGCCAAUCUGUCAGCAGACCCGGUUUCAUCUAAUGAUUUACAGACCCCAGCUCUGAAGCCGGUGAAACAUUCCUGCUGGCCAGGCACUGAGUAUAGUACAUCAUCCUCACCAUGUUGGACUUUCUAGCUGAGAACAACCUCUGUGGCCAGGCAAUCCUAAGGAUUGUUUCCUGUGGCAACGCCAUCAUUGCUGAACUUUUGAGGCUUUCUGAGUUUAUUCCUGCUGUGUUCAGGUACAGAGACCGAGCCGAUCAACAGAAAUAUGGAGAUAUCAUAUUUGAUUUCAGCUAUUUUAAGGGUCCAGAAUUAUGGGAAAGCAAGCUGGAAGCUAAGCCAGAGCUACAGGAUUUAGAUGAAGAAUUUCGUGAAAACAACAUAGAAAUUGUGACCAGAUUUUAUUUAGCGUUUCAAAGUGUGCAUAAAUAUAUUGUAGACUUAAACAGAUAUCUAGAUGAUCUCAAUGAAGGUGUUUAUAUUCAGCAAACUUUAGAAACUGUGCUUCUCAAUGAAGAUGGAAAACAACUUCUAUGUGAAGCGCUGUACUUGUAUGGAGUUAUGCUGCUGGUCAUCGACCAAAAGAUUGAAGGAGAAGUCAGAGAGAGAAUGCUGGUCUCUUACUAUCGAUACAGUGCCGCUCGAUCUUCUGCUGAUUCAAAUAUGGAUGAUAUUUGUAAACUGCUCCGAAGUACAGGUUAUUCCAGCCAACCAGGAGCCAAAAGACCACCCAACUAUCCUGAGAGUUAUUUCCAGAGAGUACCUAUCAAUGAAGCCUUCAUCAGUAUGGUCAUUGGUCGACUGAGAUCUGAUGAUAUUUACAACCAGGUGUCCGCGUACCCCUUGCCUGAGCACCGCAGCACGGCCUUGGCGACCCAAGCUGCCAUGCUGUACGUGAUCCUCUACUUCGAACCUUCCAUUCUUCACACCCACCAAGCAAAAAUGAGAGAGAUUGUGGACAAAUACUUUCCAGAUAAUUGGGUAAUUAGUAUUUACAUGGGGAUCACGGUUAAUCUAGCAGAUGCUUGGGAACCAUAUAAAGCUGCAAAGACUGCUUUAAACAAUACCCUGGACCUUUCAAACGUCAGAGAACAGUCAAGCAGAUAUGCUACUGUCAGUGAAAGAGUGCACACUCAAGUACAACAGUUUCUGAAAGAAGGUUAUUUAAGGGAGGAGAUGGUUCUGGACAAUAUCCCAAAGCUUCUGAACUGCCUAAGGGACUGCAACGUUGCCAUCCGAUGGCUGAUGCUUCACACGGCUGACUCAGCCUGUGACCCAAACAACAAACGCCUUCGUCAAAUCAAGGACCAGAUUCUAACAGACUCUCGGUACAAUCCCAAGAUCCUCUUUCAGUUGCUGUUGGAUACUGCACAGUUUGAGUUUAUACUCAAAGAGAUGUUCAAGCAAAUGCUUUCAGAAAAGCAAGCCAAAUGGGAGCAUUACAAGAAGGAGGGUUCGGAGCGGAUGACGGAGCUCGCUGACGUCUUUUCGGGAGUGAAACCCCUAACCCGAGUGGAGAAAAAUGAAAACCUGCAAGCUUGGUUCAGGGAGAUCUCAAAACAAAUCCUGUCUUUGAAUCAUGAUGAUUCAACUGCUGCCGGCAGGAAAACGGUGCAGCUCAUCCAAGCUUUGGAGGAGGUUCAAGAAUUUCACCAGUUGGAAUCAAAUCUGCAAGUCUGUCAGUUUCUCGCUGAUACUCGCAAGUUUCUUCACCAAAUGAUCCGAACCAUUAACAUUAAAGAAGAGGUCCUGAUCACAAUGCAGAUCGUUGGGGACCUUUCUUUUGCUUGGCAGUUAAUUGACAGAUUCACGUCCAUCAUGCAGGAGAGCAUAAGGGUAAACCCGUCCAUGGUUACUAAACUCAGAGCUACAUUCCUCAAGCUUGCCUCUGCCCUUGACCUUCCCCUUCUUCGAAUUAAUCAAGCAAAUAGUCCUGAUCUUCUCAGUGUGUCUCAAUAUUACUCCGGUGAAUUGGUGUCCUAUGUGAGAAAGGUUUUGCAGAUCAUUCCAGAAAGCAUGUUUACUUCUCUUCUAAAGAUCAUAAAGCUUCAGACCCAUGAUAUCAUCGAAGUGCCGACCCGCCUGGACAAAGACAAGCUGAGGGACUAUGCUCAGCUUGGCCCACGAUAUGAGGUUGCCAAGCUCACUCAUGCUAUUUCCAUUUUUACUGAAGGCAUCUUAAUGAUGAAGACAACUUUGGUUGGCAUCAUCAAGGUAGACCCAAAACAGUUGCUGGAAGAUGGAAUAAGGAAGGAGCUAGUUAAACGAGUUGCUUUCGCUCUUCAUAAGGGAUUGAUCUUCAACCCCCGAGCUAAGUCAAGUGAAUUGAUGCCCAAGCUGAAAGAGUUGGGGGCUACCAUGGAUGGAUUCCAUCGCUCUUUUGAGUACAUACAGGACUAUGUCAACAUUUACGGUCUGAAGAUUUGGCAGGAAGAAGUUUCUCGUAUCAUAAAUUAUAAUGUGGAACAAGAGUGUAAUAAUUUCUUAAGAACAAAGAUUCAGGAUUGGCAGAGUAUGUACCAGUCUACUCAUAUUCCAAUACCAAAGUUUACCCCUGUGGACGAGUCCGUAACAUUUAUUGGUCGUCUCUGCAGAGAAAUCUUGAGGAUCACAGACCCCAAAAUGACCUGUCACAUUGACCAGCUGAACACUUGGUACGAUAUGAAAACUCACCAAGAAGUAACCAGCAGCCGCCUCUUCUCAGAAAUCCAGACCACCUUGGGGACUUUUGGUCUGAACGGGCUGGACAGGCUUCUGUGCUUUAUGAUUGUCAAAGAGCUGCAGAAUUUCCUCAGUAUGUUUCAGAAAAUUAUCCUGAGAGACAGAACUGUACAGGAUACUUUGAAAACCCUCAUGAAUGCUGUCAGCCCCCUAAAAAGCAUAGUAGCAAAUUCGAAUAAAAUUUAUUUUUCCGCCAUUGCCAAAACACAGAAGAUCUGGACAUCUUAUCUCGAGGCUAUCAUGAAGGUGGGCCAGAUGCAGAUUCUGAGACAACAGAUUGCCAAUGAACUCAAUUAUUCUUGUCGGUUUGACUCCAAACAUCUGGCAGCUGCUCUGGAGAAUCUCAAUAAGGCUCUCCUGGCAGAUAUUGAAGCCCACUAUCAGGACCCUUCGCUUCCUUACCCCAAAGAAGACAACACGCUCUUGUAUGAGAUCACAGCCUAUCUGGAGGCGGCUGGCAUCCACAACCCACUGAAUAAGGUCAAUGACUCAAAUAUACAUCACAACAAAGCGCCUACCCUACUUCCCAGUUGUCAACUUCCUAUUUUUGAUCGCACAGUUGCCAAAACUUCAGUACAACAAAAACCUAGGAAUGGUGUGCCGGAAGCCUGCCGACCCCGUGGACUGGCCACCACUCGUCCUGGGACUGCUCACCCUACUGAAGCAGUUUCACUCCCGAUACACCGAACAGUUCCUGGCACUGAUCGGCCAAUUUAUCCGCUCCACAGUGGAGCAAUGCACAAGCUUGCACUGAGACUCCAACAACAGCCAACCCCUUCGAGAGGACCACUGGGCCCCCGGUGGAGUGCAGGGCAGGGAAAACUACAGUACGGGGUUCUUGACAUCCUUGGAUACACGUGGCUCAUAGUGACCCUGCGUUCUUCUUAAAUCCUGACAUCUUUUCCCCCAGAGCCUCAGUCAGUAGAGUUCUUCCCCACCUUAGUUAGUGGACUGAACAGACAGACGCUGGAUGUUCUUCUCGGACAUAUGCUGAGACUUGCUUCAAGCAGCACACUUUCUAACAACUGAAAAACAAAAGGUAGCUCAGAAGGAUGGGGAAGUCUGAGAUGAAACUGUCGCGAUCAGAAAAUGAGGUCGGUUGCAAAGGAACGCAGUGGGCACCUAGAAACCUAGUGUGUCUGGGCUCCGGACCGUGGAGAGGGAGCCAGGGGCCGCAGUCCGGGUCGGUACAGGGGGUUUGGGAAGAAACCUCCACACCCGCCGCCCCAGCCGUAGCUCCCCAUCUGUCGAGAACUGACAAGUCCUUCGUCCUGGUUCUUCUUCACUGGCGACUACGAAGUGUGCCAUGACACAGCAUGUUCCUGGGGACCCCGAGAGAGCUCAUCAGGGGGCAGGUGUCGCUGCGGCUCCGGGUUUCUGAUCCAGCUAAGGGACGUGACAUAAGGAACCUGGGAUGCAUGGAGGCCCUUCCCUUCCCUCGCCGCGAGCAGAGCAAAUACAAACACAGCCCUGGCCACACACUGAAAGAUCCAGAGCAGUGGCCACUCUUCCAGGUGUAAUCACUCUUCAGCCUUCUUUUCAAGAGCAAAAAAAUCAUCAGGGAACUAGAUCAGUAAUCCAGUCUCAUGAAAUCCUUUGUUAAUCAGAAGAUGCCAGUCUACCUAAAUUGGAAAUAAUUUUAAGAGCUAAAAGUUCAUUUUGAU